AUGAGCGGCUACGGCUACGGAAACGAGCACGGUCAGAACAAUGACUACAAUCAGCAGGGCCACCGACCCGGCGGUUCUGCCAACGCCUACUACGAGGGGGCUUCGAACGAGCAGCAGGGCUAUCACACACAAUACCAGCAGCCCCCUCCGCCAUAUGGCAACGAGAGUCACCAGCAAGGCCACGGCGGACCCCAGCAGGGCUAUGGCGGGCCUCAGGAGGGUGAGCGAGGCCUGAUGGGAGCUUUGGCUGGAGGUGCCGCCGGAGCUUUCGGUGGUGCCAAGUUUGGAGGCCAGGCCACCGGCCACUCCAAGACAAGCGGUGUUGUCGGAGCCAUUGUCGGAGCCAUUGCUGGAUCAAAGCUGCAGGACGGCGUCUCGGACUGGCGAGAGGACCGAAAGGAGGAGAAGCACGACGCAAAGAUGUACAAGGAGGAGAAGAGAUACGAGGAGCACAGACAUGAAGAGGAGCGCCGCCGCCGCGGCUCUCGCAGCCGCUCCCGAAGCCACUCCCGCCGUCGCUCCCGAUCCAGCAGCAGCAGUUCCAGCGGUUCAUCAAAGAAGAAGCAUCACCACCACUCGCGCUCGCGUUCACGCUCUGGCUCCCGAUCGCGCGGUCACGGAAACACCAUUGUUGUUCAGCAGGGAGACACUCUCCGUGCCAUUGCUACUCGCUACGGCACCUCGUUUGAGGCUAUUGCCAGGCACAAUGGCAUUGACAACCCUGAUUUGAUCUACCCCGGCCAGGUUCUGCGGGUGCCCGAACGUUGGUAA